GUACUUAACACCCUGGAGACCCGGACCUCCGCUUUCAAAGCGGCCCGGGUGGGAAGAGCUGUUUAUAUAAACAGGGAUUCCGCUGUAAAUGCGCUAAUAUCCCGGCUGCCAGCGCAUGGCGAGCGCCUCCCACGCCCACCCGUAGGAGCGGCGUCCCCUGCCGCCCCUCGGUUCCCAGCCUGCCCUGCCCCCGCCUCCGCCUCCGCCUCCUUCCCCUCCUCGGCCAUGGCCACCUCUGGACGCCUCAGCUUCACCGUGCGCAGCCUCCUGGAUUUACCCGAGCAGGACGCGCAGCACCUGCCGAGGAGGGAGCCAGAGCCAUGCGCCCCCCAGCCCGACCCUUGCCCCGCCUGGUUGGAGUCGGAGCGCGGCCACUACCCCUCCUCGGACGAGAGCAGCCCGGAGACCAGUACGCCAGACGCAUCGCAGCGGCAGUCCGCUCGGUCCACGUCUCCUGGGUCGGACGUGGAGAAGAGGAAGAAGCGGCGGGUGCUGUUUUCCAAGGCGCAGACGCUGGAGUUGGAGCGGCGCUUCCGGCAGCAGCGGUACCUGUCCGCGCCUGAGCGCGAGCAGCUUGCACGCCUGCUGCGCCUCACGCCCACGCAGGUCAAGAUCUGGUUCCAGAACCACCGCUACAAGCUGAAACGCGCGCGCGCGCCUGGGGCGGCGGAGUCGCCCGACCCGGCUGUCUCCGCUGAGCUGCACGGCGCGCCCAGCCUGCUGCGGCGCGUAGUGGUGCCCGUGCUGGUGCGCAACGGGCAGCCGUGCAGCGACAGCGGCGAGGCAGGCACCGCAGCUGCCCAGGACAAGUGCGGCGUCUCCCCGGCCGCCUCCUACCCUCUGCCAGGUUACACCGCCUUCGGGCCCGGCUCGGCGCUCGGCCUCUUCCCCACCUACCAGCACUUGGCGCCCCCCACUCUGGUCUCCUGGAACUGGUGAGGCCGCCGCGGUGAACCUGGGGCUACCUUGGACUUGGGAGCGCUCUCUGCGGCUGGAGCAGGGCUGGAACCAAAAACCUGGAACGCUCCCCGGCCGCCUUCCUGCAGCCCCAUAUCCUUCAGCACCAGGUUCCCCUGGUCGGCCCUUACCAGCCGUCCUAGAAACACAAGAAAGGAACUUUUGCAAAGAUGCCCCCUCCACUUCCCUCGACCGCCAACCCCAGAGCUAGAUUUUAUUGCUUGAGCCUUAUUUGUAUAUUUUAAAAUAGCUAUUUGUAUGGGAAGCAACUUAUUUUAAAAGAAAUAGAGUAUUUUUCCUC